ACUGCCAACUUGAUUAGGAGCAGAACACUUUUUGCGUGCGAGGCUUUGCGUUACGUCACAGCCGCAGGAGAAGAACGCCACAUCCGUUCGCCAGCUUCCGGUGUUUUGCGGCGAAGAGGCGAGAUUUUUGAUAGGCGGCCCGUAAACGCCUGCGUGAGCUGCGUGCUUCGGGGCGUCGUAGAGUGUGCACCGUGCUUGGCUGUGUGUGUGUGGUGUCGUCGGCCGAGCCUCCCAGCGACCGCACCGUUUCGUCGACGCCAGUCGAGACUUCGAGAACAACACAAGCAGCUCCUUGCGGGUGUUGUGCGCGCUUUUCUUGUCGCGUGGACCGUGGAAGUGUCACCUUCGACGGUAAUCAUCCUCACGUGGCGGUCCUCGGCCCCAGCGAGGAGCUAAAGCAGAGCAAUGGCGGCCGCCGUGCCCGACGCCCCUACGAACCGCAGUGAGCUGGAGAUGAUCCAGCUCAAGAUGAACCAGACGACGGACGAGUCGUUGGAGCGGACGCGGAACAUGAUAUCACUAUGCGAAGAGGCAUCGGACGCUGGUGUCAAAACUAUCGUGGAACUCGACAAGCAGGGCGAGCAAUUGGACCGCAUCGAAGAAGACAUGGACAAAAUCAACGCCGACAUGAAAGAGGCCGAGAAGAAUCUAACAGGAAUGGAGAAGUGCUGCGGCAUCUGCGUCUGUCCUUGCCAGAAGGUGUUGGUUAGGGCUGAGGAAGUGGCCAUGACACUCACGGGCAAGGAGUUUAAGGAGGAUGCCAGCACGUGGAAGGCCAACGAGGACGGGAAGGUGGUGAAUAGUCAGCCUGCCAGGGUCAUGGACGACCGCAAUGGAGCCGGUCCAACCAGCGGGUACAUCGCCAGAAUUACGAACGACGACCGUGAGAAUGAGAUGGAAGACAACAUGGUUCAAGUGUCCACCAUGAUCGGGAACCUGCGCAACAUGGCAAUCGACAUGGGCAGCGAGAUUGAGUCGCAAAAUCGGCAGAUCGACAGGAUCAACCAGAAGGGAGCUUCCAACGUGGUUCGCGUCAAAGGCGCGCAGGAGAGGGCUGCCAAACUCAUCAAGAGUUGAGCGGCGUUCCGCCACCGCUUUAUUUUUUUUGCACCUACACACAACUACACUAUGUUCGAAUCACGGUUUUUAUCUUCACACACACAAACAACACAUACACAACUGACGCACCGAGAACCAACGGGGCUGCGAUCAACGGUGGAAGACUCGUCGUGGUUACUUCCGUUCCACCUGCCGUUCCUGUGGACUUUGGGAUAGACGGAAAGAAAAAAAAAGAAAGAAAAAGAAAUUACCGGCAGAAAAAUGUUUUCAGACUGGUCGGACGAUUGCGUGUCUUUUUUUUUUUUUUUUAAUGUUCACUCUGGAUUGUACAGACGGUUGUUUUUUGCAGUGUGAUCGUCACUUGCACGGAUACGCACCCUGCGACUCACACACACAUGCACACAACAUGCACUUGUGUUUACAAUUGCUUGCUAUAAGCGAUUGCACCCCUAUUUUAUUUUUUUUCUCUCUCUCUCCUCUGAAAGGCUCUUGUUUUGAGACACUGACUUUUAUGUGAUAAGGAAGGUAUAGUGCGUCAGCAAAGUCCCGUCUCUUCUCCAGAGGUACGCGAUGGUUUAAGCGCUCUGCAGCUUUAGCUGCUGUCAGAUGGUCGUAAAGCUUUCCUUGCGUUUAUUUUUAAAAUCUUUAUUUUGCACGGAUAACCAUUUUAAUGUCGGCAGUACGUCGGUUCUACAUGUUCCCUCAUGACGAACAUUCAGCGUGACUAACGUAGUGUGGCAUGUUAAGGCACAAAGUAUGCCUGCAAUAGCUACAGAGUUACGAUAACUACAGCAAAAGACACGCAGAACGUGGUGCUUAUCAGGUUUCCGAGGAAUCUAUUCGAGAACGUGCACGAACGCGUGUAACUCACGGCGUUAGAAGUUGGAACACCACCCCGUACUAGUGUAAUAGUGCCGAACAUGACACCCUGUUAAUCUUCAACGGCUCGGUGUGUCGUUGCAGUUGUAGUGCUCCAGCAGGCUAAGUUUCAGUCACGUGAUUGUGCGGAAGCCAGAUUUCUCUUGGAACUGUAAUCCAGCUCAGCAAAACACUCAUUCUUAAUAGUGCGCUUGAAUCCGCGAAUAAUGUGAUGUCCCAGGAGUGUCCAAACUUGCGGCCAUAUUGUCUUCGUGUCGAAGGCAAAUCCGGGUAUGUUGGGGCCUUCUUUUCUUUUUUUUUUCUUUAUCCCACUAACUGCAGAUUGCGAAGUUUGUUCUAUUUGUCUGUUUUUUUUUUCUUGCUUUGUUGCUGUGAUUGAGUGAAACUUGUGUUCUGCAAUUUUCGUUUUUUUUUUAUUUUUGUUACUUGCACUUUAUUUUUUCUGUUAUGUUAAGCGUCCGUAAAACUACUUCGGUUCACCGAAGUCAGUAUGUUGCGAAGAAAAUGUUACUGAUAACUUUUUUUAUGGCAUAUUGUUUGUUUUGACGUUCGCACCUUUCUUUCAACGGCUCCUGUCUUCUUUUUUUUUCUUUUUCUUUUUCAUUCGUUUGGCCAACACAGUAACCGUUUGUGGCAUAUUGUGACACUAGCACGUUUACAGACCGCUCACAGUGAUCCCACCAAAGUGGGCAGACACACAGCGCUCCUUUUCGUCAUUUUCAUGUUUCUAACUCCUAACGCCAUGUCCCCCAUUUUAUUUUUUAUUUGAACUUGAUUUUUAGGCUGACCUGCUUUUCAAAUGUCCACAUUUUCAGCAAAACGGCCUCCUGACGACUUUUUCAAGAUUCAGUUUUUUGAAGAACUGGGUAAUAUAUUUCCGCUGCAAUUUCUUUCAGCCAUCGUCACUUUAUAUAUUUCAAUCUCCUUUCGCCAUGUGGGCAUCCCUUUCAAAAAAACUUUGUCAUCUUCGGAGCUCACGAUUGAUUGCUCCCAAGGAACAGGCACCUCUUCAUCCUUUUCAAGGGCCCGUCAAAGCCAGGCUUUCGAAGUUUUUAUUCAUUGCCUCGAACUUAAUGUUCAUUUUCCUCCGAUAUCCUGCUCAUUGCGUUUCAGCUUGAAUGAAAGAAAAAAAAAAACUGCGGCAGAAUGGUCAUUCUCUCUGGUUUAUUGGUUUCUUUUUCGGGACGUUUUAUACCUCGUAAAUGUAGAUUUUACAUAUGAGCAUGCGACAAGAUUGUCAUAGCACUUCGUAUAGUGCCGUGCGUUUUCUUUUUUUUUUUUUUCCUUCUCUCGGGUGACCUCUUUAUAAGCUCAUGAUUAAUAACUGCCAUUCGGGCCAAGUAGAUUAAAGCCAUAUUUCUGCUCGUCUUCCUCGUGCAUUCUCUCACUUUAUUAUUGUUUGCCUUAGGUGCAUUAAAAAAAAUGGAAGGGAAUGUCAAGGUCGAGCUUCUGCCGGUAGGAACUCUGUUUUUGUUUUCUCUUUUUUUUUCUUUUUUCGUAUUCUUCCCGCUUUUCUACGAAGCACUCAAGAAAAUUGACCCUAAAUUCUGCACUGAUCUUUUCCAGACGUUAGGACUUUGGCGCCUCUAUUUCUUUUCCGUGCUUUAUUUUUAAUUAUUCCCUGGGUUCGUUUUUUUUUUUUCUUGCUCAACUACUUCUGGUUCCUUGAAAGAGGCAUCUACGUUCUUCUUUUGGAUUGGCUUGGGUCUAAACUAGACGUGACCGCACGUACGCCAAGCUUCUUUCGAAGUUUGAGCCUUGCGUUUAUAAUGCCAAGGGUCGUUAUUUCGCCCGAACGAACUCGGAUGGGAGAAUGUGUAGACAAAAAAAAAAAAUCAAGUUGGCGCAAAUUCAAGUAAUUUGUUUUUACAACUCGGCGUAGUCACGACGGCGCUUCUUUGUGGUUUAUAUUGGUUUAGGGCUCGGACACUCCGGAGGCCGUAAUCAUUUUUCAUCAUUUCCAUUUAUUUCGCGUAUCUUGGUUGUAAACUUCGUCUUGGAAACAAGUACUCCAUCAUCUCGGAUUCUAUACCUACUCUCCUGCUAAACCAACGUGUAUCCAAAUCUGUUUGGCUACGUCUUCGGCCGUCAUUGGUCUUUUGGUUAGCUUUCUUUUUUUUUAGUCACUCCAUUUCCUUUUUUUUUUCUUUUUUUUUCUCUCACAGCUUUAGCGCGAUUCCUAUAGUGCUUGGUGGCUUUAAAGAACGUCCCCUCAUACAUUUCGCUGUCUGAAAAUUUUGUUGCGCCACUUUGCUCUGGCGUUAUUCAAAUUCUUCAGAGGGCUAGCCGAAUGCUCAUUUCACAGCUUGCCGUAAUUCCCGGCAUUUGUUCAUCAUGUUUUGGUACUUAAGGAUUGUGAGGAGCUCAUUUCUGAAGCAGUUGCCGUCAGCGAAAUGUCCCCGCCUAGGCUGCUAUUUUUCUUCCAUCGCACCCCGUCGCCUACAGAACAGCCACCUAUACACUGACACUAUAGCUAAUUUUUUUGGUUUGUUAAAUAUUCUGAAUUUCAUAAUCAAGAGCAAACUGAAAUUUCAUCGCAGGCAUCCUUGCAUCGAAGUCUUCAUUUCCCUCAGAGUAGCAAGUUUAGCUUCCGAAAAUUCAGGCACUCCCGAGCGUACUGGGUUUGGCUCGUGAAUACACUGCCUAUAUUAGCUUAUUAGAUUAGCUUAUGAGGUUAGCUUAAACAGAUUAGCCUAUCAGGUGGCACAAAGUAGUGAACCGUUCGGUCUUCCCCGAGUUCCUGUCGUUUCCCUUUCACUUUUCAGACAAUAGGGUCACGCAGACGUCACCUAAAUCAGAUCGCUGAUCCUGCUUCGUCUUAAGGCAGGUAGGAGGCGCUGUGACGAAGUUGCUAUUGAACGGAGGCACGUUAUGCGCCUUGUUUUAAGCGGUAGGCCGAUUAAAGCGUAGUGUUAUGGUUACGGCGUUCUUGUGACCCACGCGUUAUAUUUUCACUCGUUCGCAAUGUAUCGGGUCAUCAGUAUAGGGUGUCACACAUGCGUCUCUUUUUCGGAAACUAUAAGAACAUUGAUCGUACCGCCACAGGAUAGAAAGGUUCUUUGCUAUGGAUGCUACUGCCUAGCAUGACUUGGGCAACCAUGUGCGACAGUAGAGGGAAAGAAAGAAUAUAAAAAAAAAGUUUCGAUGGAAGGAUGCAGAAACUCUCUCAUUUGUCAUAUAUACUGUGCACCACAUUGAUGUGUAGCAUUAAUGUCGCAGUGGCUAAUCUUUGGCUUUCGUGUAGGCUACUUCUGUCAUGUGCGGGUUUCGAUAGCGCUUUAUCGCUUUUAUCAACCGUUCAACAGAAAAGCUUGUAGUCCUGUUUCGUAACCCUCCAUAUUAAUGACUUCACGACUUCUUUCUCUUUCUUUUCUUUCUUUGGAGUACACUGCUGAGCCUUUUUUGUUUUUCUUUCGUGAAGUGUGCCACGCGCCGUAUAGGCUUGACGAAACGCGAACUGAACCUGGCUGGGAGACCUAAAUUCCCUGACACGGGACUUAUCGGUAGGAGUAACGUACUGAAUCGCUUCAGCAGUACUGGAUCAUUAACACUGAACUCGGUUUGGCGCGUGCCUGAAAACACGUAAUUCCACUUUGUCAGGCGUGACGCACCAAGUACUCGGAAAGCAUCAAAUUUAAGCGAAUGCUCAAUGAGCAAACGAAAAGGGAAAAUAAAUAUACCUAAUCGAAAUACCUAAGCAUGCCCUUAUAUUCGGUUCUUACGAGAACCAAAUCUUAAGCCCGGGCUUUUCUGGCUGGAAAACUUGCGCGUAGCCGUAGUCCACGCCAGACAUUUCUGGAUGGUCGUGAAUCAGUGUGAUCAGGUCUCCCAACGGUGUUACCUUCGCUUUUCAUUCUAUAUAUAUAUAUAUAUAUAUAUAUAUAUAUAUAUAUAUAUAUAUAUAUAUUGUGCUUGCCUGUGUCGCUUGCUUACUGCACCGCCCAUCUACUACACUACUCCGCGUUCACAAGCAAGCAAAUGCUUCUUUCUUUUUUUUUUUCGCUUUCUUGGUCACGACAGAAUAUUGCCGCUUUCUUACUGACAGCGACACGUAGUCUUAUCUUCAUUUGUACUCCUCCACCGCAGCAAAUAAAUAUUACCGCGUCUCUCGUCGCCAGCCGGCACUGGCCUGUUGCCGCCGCGCAAGGUGGAGGUUCUUGUAAUUUCGAGUUGUAUAACCCCCUAUGUAGUUUAGGCACGAUUAUGUAGUCACUAGCGAUGCAUUCCUACCUUGUUCGAGAAAGGCGCGUUUUGUCGUGACAGUGUUGUUGUUAUGAGCUCAGCUUGGUGUGGGCUCGUGUGAGCAGAGUGCGACUAGAAACGGCUUCUGUGAGGGGUGAACCCGGCCCACGAGAGCUUCAGCGUAGCUUGAAGGGCAGCAUUGCGUAGGCGCGGACUAGCUUUUUUGCAACGCUUAUAGCACUGAAAAGUCGUUCUCGAAGCGUUAGCGCUCACAGACAUUAGUGCGCCGAAUACGAGCUUGCUAUUCCCAUAAGCCGAGACGUCCUGGUCAACCAUAAGCCGAGGCUUCGCGGAAUACCGUUAAGGCGCACGACGCAUUUGAAAGACGAGGACUGCUGUGUCGUGUCUCCUGUCCUAAAGCAUAUCCUGCGACAGUCGUGAAGCAGUUCAGAAUGUACCCCUGUUGAGAGGUACCUCGAUAACGUAAACCAAGGAACUCUUAGCUACGCUAGGCCUAUAAACAUUCGACCAGAGAAGCGAGGCGAAACAACUCGAGGGCCCAUAGGAGACGCAUUUAGCCUUUUAGGCAGGCACGCACGAGGAGCGUACGCGGAGCAAUUCUUCACUGGCGUGACGUAUACAUUGAAGGCGGCUUUGUGGCGUCCACUCGUGGUAUAGUUAUAGUACUGCAACAUCUGUGGCGUGUUAUGGGCUUGCACCGAACCGCCGCGCUCCAUUUAGAUGAUUGCGUCGUCGAGUCUCGGGCACACGCGAUGUUGUGCGAGAUGGUUGGUGUUUGGAGAUGUUUGUAUAGAUGCUGACAACUCGUGGGCCGGAGGUCUGCUGCGUAUGGUAAGUGCUUAAGGCAACAGUCUCCCUCUCCGCAAUGCGACGCCGGUUCGAUUUUUUUUUUUUUUUUUUUUGUGCUGUACUGAUCUCAACUGGGAGCUUUAUUGUUGUACAGCGUUGCGAGAGAGUGUGAGAGAGAAAGAAAGCAGUUUGAAGGAGUGGUGACUGCGCGCACCAAUUCAUUCCGUCUACAAAGAAGGCUUCGCUCGCGUGUAUACCGUUAUUUUACGGCAUUUGUUUGUUGCGCUGUUUUUGAGCGUUGGUAUAGGCGUGUUUUGUUGAGAAAUUUUAUGGUUCUGUUAGAACUUGCUUGGGUUUGCUUGGUCGCAUGCUUGCUGGAUCGUUCCUGCAUUUUUUUUUCUUUCUUUUUGGCAUUGGUACAGAAAUUCUUGCUUUAAUUUUAUGGUUGGCGAGCUGGAUAGAUUAUGAAAUGUAUCGCUUAUUCAGCCUGUUGAAACUACGAUAAAAGUUGAACAUUUGCCUAGUUCAUGCCAACUUUUUUUUGCGUUUUAGCCUGUCUUGACUAUUCAGUAAUCUUUGCACCUAUGACAUCCGGCAAAUGUAUUUGCGUCGGGUGGCAGCAAUCGGUGAUACACGUUCGGCUGGGGUUUUUUGUUCAUUAAUGUAUUUUGCGUUGAUUGCUUGGCUGUACUGACGAUUUUCUAAUCUUAUUUUUAAAAAGAGAACGCUGGUUUGCAACAAUAUGUGAACGGCAUGUCCUCACCGGUUCUUUUUAAAAAAUUUUUAUGGCUGCAAUUACCUGAACAAUGUGUUUAUUGCCAUUCGUUUGUGGUUUUUUUUCUGAUGCUCCGAUAAAGAAAAAUUUACACACA